CGCAGCCGCGCCAUGGAGCGCCGCGUCGCCCGAGAGUUCCGGCACAAGGUCAAUCUAUUAAUUGACAAUGAAGCGGAGAAGGAUUACCUUUAUGACGUGCUGCGGAUGUACCACCAGUCUAUGAAUCUCCCAGUGCUUGUGGGGGACCUAAAACUGGUGAUUAAUGAACCAAGCAGGUUGCCUCUGUUCGAUGCUAUCCGCCCACUCAUCCCAUUAAAACACCAGGUGGAAUAUGAUCAGCUUACACCCAAACGAUCACGAAAGCUGAAAGAGGUGAGAUUGGAUCGAUUGAAUCCCGAAGGGCUCGGAUUAAGUGUAAGAGGUGGAGUGGAAUUCAGCUGUGGCCUCUUCAUCUCCCAGUUAGUUAAAGGGGGACAGGCUGACAAUGCUGGACUUCAGGUUGGGGAUGAGAUAGUGCGCAUAAACGGAUAUUCCAUUUCGUCAUGCACACACGAAGAAGUCAUCAACCUCAUUCGUACGAAGAAAAUCGUGUCCAUAAAAGUUAGACAUAUUGGCAUGAUACCUGUCAAAAGUUCACCAGAUGAACCCCUUAAAUGGCAAUAUGUGGAUCAGUUUGUGUCAGAGUGUGGGGAAGGAAAGGGCAGUGUGGCUGGACUUGCUUCUUCUGGAGGGAGAGACAAUAAAGAGAAGAAAGUCUUCAUUAGCUUGAUUGGUACAAAGGGCAUGGGAUGCAGUAUUUCCAGUGGUCCAACACAAAAACCAGGCAUUUUUAUCAGCAAUGUUAAGCCAGGUUCUCUUUCAGCAGAGGUGGGCUUAGAGGUUGGUGAUCAGAUUGUUGAGGUGAAUGGAGUGGACUUUUCUAAUGUGGAUCAUAAAGAGGCUGUCAGAGUGCUCAAGAGCAGCCGUACUCUGACUAUCUCUGUGGUAGCAGGCGCUGGCAAGGAGCUGUUCAUGACUGAAGAAGAAAGGCAAAGAGAAGCACGUCUCCGUGAGCUGGAGCGCCAGGAGUUAAUGCAUCAGAAGCGGCUUGCGCUGGAGACCAACAAAAUCAUCAAAGAGCAGCAAGAGAAAGAGAGAUUAAGAAAGCUGGAGAUUUCCCAGAAGGCUGCAGAGGAAGAGGAGAGAUAUCGCAGAGAAAUAGAGCAGAUAACAGCAGAGGAAGAGAAAUUUAAAAAGGAGUGGGAAGAAGACUGGGGUCCUAAAGAACCACCCAAGUCUCUAAAAACUGUAACUGCAGAAGUGCACUCUCCCCCUCGUUCCAAACACAAAACUUUUGAAUGGUUUUAUCGGUAUGAAGGGAAAUUUCCCACGAUCCGUAAGAAAGGGAAAGAACGAAAGAAGUCAAAAAGUGAUAGUUUUUCUGAACAAAAGAAGAAUAAAAAGGAAAUGGAGUUUGAGCAAAAACUUGCCAAAGAGAAAGAAGGAAUGCUGGAGAAAGAAAAACAAUUGAAAAUAAAUCGUCUUGUGCAAGAGGUAUCUGAGACAGAACGAGAAGACCUGGAAGAAUCAGAAAAGGUGCAGCACUGGGUGGAAAGACUUUGUCAAACACGGUUAGAACAGAUCUCCUCUGUGGAGAAUGAGUCUCCUGAGCUGGCGAGCGGCCGUCCCUCUGCCUCCCCCCCUGCCACCUCGAUGCGGCGCUUUGCCGGGGGCCUGCAGCUGCACACCACAGACCUUGAUGACAUCAACUUAGAUGAAGUUGACAAACCCAAGCAGCGUGCACCGCCACCUCCGCCACCACCACCACCCCCUACUGUUACCCCAGCACCACCAGCUCAUCCACCUCCUGCCUCAAAUGCUCCACGAGGUCCAGCCCUAUUGGUAACACCAGCUUCCCAGGUUGUAAGAAACACCUCCCAUGUUGGCAAAGCGUCCCCUGUGUCAAGCAACCCGCUGCAACUUGCUCCAAGUCCACCUACCCAGCGUCAUCCAGGGGUACCAAUAGUCUCUAAACCAGUUAUGCUGCAUCCUGACCCAAACUUCGUGGUCAGGCCAACAAUCAAAUCAGAGGCCCUGCCACAAGAGAUGUUUAAAAGGAUGGUGGUUUACAAUUCAUCAUUUAGAUCUAACAAAAAACAAGGCUUCCAGAAGUAUGUGGAAGAUUUUGAUCCAUAUUCAAUGUUUACCCCAGACCAGAUUAUAGACAAAGACGUACGGCUAUUACGAAUAAAAAAGGAAGGAUCACUGGACCUUGCAGUUGAGGGAGGAAUUGAUUCUCCAAUUGGAAAGAUAGUUGUGUCUGCCAUCUACGAGGACGGUGCUGCAGACAAACAUGGAGGCAUAGUGAAAGGGGAUGAAAUACUGGCUGUAAAUGGCAAGAUAUUAAUUGACAGCAAGCUGGCAGAAGCACAGGCAACUCUAGCAAAAGCUUGGAACAUGGGUGGGGAUUGGAUUGACUUAGUCAUUGCAGCAUCACCUCCAAAAGAAUAUGAUGAUGAAAUCCCUACCAUUCCCUCAUCAGCAGUCAGUCCCAGCACACACAGAAAGGUUUUUGAAGGCAGUGCACCUGUGUACAGACAAGGGUAUCUCCUGCAGCUGUAGCCACUGCAGUGUCCCUCAUGGUGAAUAGCACACCUGGCU